AGAUCAUAAUGAGUGACGAUGACCCGCGAAGAUUCUGUCUGAGAUGUAUGGGAGAGUGUACUGAUAAUGACUGUCAAUAUCAUCCUGAAGUCAUCAGAAUCAAUCAACAACGAGAACAAGAACCUCCAUAUAGAUUUCACGAUCCGGAACUUCAAUACGUAGUGCACGCAUGCGAUCCCCGUGUGAUUGCUUAUGCUGCUAGAAACCUGGAAGAAUCGGAUGAGGAUGACUGAAUGAAACCCUACACAAAGCGAUCAUUUUUUGUUGAAAAACAAUUUUAUGUAAUAAAUUUUUUAAAUACAUUUUUUGACUUUUGAGGAUGAUAGAAAUAAAAACGAAUUCAUAAUUAUGA